AAUUAUAAUAAAAACAAAUAAUAGAAAAAGAAAAACAGAAAAAAAGAGCAGAGCAUUAAUCAUAGGGACAACAAUAUAUCAAUAGCUUUUUGACUGAUAGUAAUGGGGAUGGUAAAAAAACAAAACAAAAAAAAAACAAAGAUAAUGACUAAAGUUACAUAUUUUCAAACAUACAUAUACCUAUAAUUUUAAGGAAACUACGCUGAGUGUUGAAUAGUCACUUCCUCUCUAUCUCAGUCAAAAUUGUAAUUCUAGCUUCAGCAGUUUGUCCAGAUGGACAGGGGGUGUCUGUGGAAGAUAACAGAUGCAGGGAAUAGAGGAUGCUCCUCCUCCUAUCUUCAUUGUCGAGAGUCACACUGCUCCACUCUGUUUGUUGAGACACUGCUGACACUGCUGACACUGCGUUGAAAGCCUAGAGGGCCUCAGAGAUGACAACUGGUUGUGUGAGGUCGACCCUGGAGCCUGAACAUCGACUGAUGAUACAGGAGAGCAUGCAAUACCAGGAGCUGCCUGAGAAGCUUGUGGAUGGGAGAUCAAAGAUGAAGGAUGGUAAAGAGGAGGAUCCUCAGUGCUCAGAGGACCAUGGGGAAGAUCAGCUGAAGAAACCUCGCAGAAAAGACACACCCAUCCUCAACUCUCCUCCACAAAUACCAGGAGUAAGACAGCUAAAGGUGGAGAAGUCGGUGGUCCACUUAGAAGAUGAGGAAAAGGAUAUGAAAGACUGAAGCCUUUACUUAACUUUUAUUUUGUUAACAAUAAAUGUAUCUAUGUUCACCUUCUCAUUAAAUCUAUCUUUAACUUAA